AUGGCCGUUGGUCUGGGCGACAAGGGCAGCCACCUUCGUGGUCGCAGUCGAGUCGUCGCCUUCCAUUCGCUUCAAGCUCCAAUUACGAGAAUGAAAAGGCAUCAGGGCAAUCGCGGCAAUCUCGGCCAAGGCAUCUUCGACUCCAGCGGCUGUGUUGAGCCGCAUCAUCCCCGUGUUCACCGCUUGUCUACGAGCAGCGACCACACCUCGCACGGCGGCCCAACCUCUUCCUCAACACCGCUCUCCUUGGGCGCGCUCAACCUGCCAGCGCGCAUCUACAUUCCGGUCUUUACUUUCAUUUCAAAAACCCAACUUAGGACGCCCGCAGAUGAUCCUGUUUGGUUUGUAGGCUUUUCGGCGCAGGACUGGGAAUCCCCAUACUGGGCGGUGCUUGAGGGCUUGACGGCCUCUUCGUUGCUGAGGCAAGAUGGCGAACGUGAGCUUGUAAGUCUGUCUUUCUGGACUAUUGGGAGUUGGAUGGACGAGGAGACUGACGGUUGUCGCUAUCGCGCGAUUGUAGAACGCUUCGUCCACCGCCUAAUGUCGACUUUGUACACGACGCCGGCGCUCUAUUGCCAUCGUCUGGAGUGGUGCUUGUGGAAGAAAGCUGACGACGUUUCUCGCUCACCAGGCUUCCCCGGCAUCCCACCAGCUGCAGACAGGCCUCAAGCUAUCGUCAAGGGUGCCGUCGAACUGCGCGUCCCACAAAGCGGCGUAAAAGCCAAAUGGGUCCGCAUCGAGCUACGCAAAAUCGAGCGACUACCGCCCGGCGGCCCGGACAGCGAGUUCUACGACUUUGUCGGUCCCAGCCCGAUCAACCUAUGGACCUCACCCGACGAAUACGGGCUGCUGCGCUCACAAGACUUUCCCUUCUCCAUCCGUAUCCCCGAGUCCAUCCCGCCCUCGGUCGAGCUCGACAACCGCGGGCAAAUCUCCUACGAACUCAUCGCGACGGUGUGCACGAAGGGCAAGAAGGGGUGGCUGCGGAAGGCCAAGGCGGUCGUGUCGAGCGCAAAAGCGCCGAUUACGAUUGACAAGCACGAGUUGCACUCGACGUGGCCUGUGUACUGCCAGCACGAGAUCCGCGAGGUGUCGCAGGAGGGCGUGCACCUCGUCGUUGAGCGCAACCAUUCGUGUUUUGGGCCCGGGGACCGGAUUGCGGUCUCUGCGACUGUCAAGUCUGAUGCGCUCUCGACGGUUGUGCUGGCGAACUUGGAGCUGGCGCUGAAGGAGACGAUGAGGCUGCAUCCGAAUAAUUUUGCGGGCGUGAGGAGGGUCCAGGCGCAGAAGGUGGAGAAGGUGGUGGUGAGCCAGGUUGCGGAGGUGAAUGCGACGUUGUAUGGGGGGACGCGCCGCACGGUGGAGCUGUCGUGUACGCUUAACCCGAAUCAUACCACCCCCACGUUGACGGCGGCACGGCAUUUGGAUAUCAAUUACUCUUGUAUUGUGAAGGCGCAGUUGGGGAAUGGGAAGGUUAUCGUUAUGGAGCUUCCUGUUAUCGUCUCGAAUUGGCCGCGUAGUGCGAGUGCGCAGGCUAUCAAACAAAUUGGACCUACACCGAACCUCUCGCUUCUUCCACCGGUGGUACCUACGCCAACAGGCAACUCGAUGUCGAUGUCGAUGUCGUACGCCCAAGCCCAGAUUGGACGACCAAACACCGCAGCAGCCAACUCUCCCGCCCAAAUGGCGUCUACGCUUCCCAUCGUCCGGACGUCGCAUGAGGGUAUGGGUCCCGGCGGGCAUAAUCUCAACCACGCGAAUAGUAAUUUUGCGACUGUUGCGAACCCGUCGGGGAUUGGUGUUUCUCGGGCGGGUAUUGAUGAGUUUGGGUAUAAUACCCCGAUGAGCCAUCCUGCUAGUCCGGCGAGGCCUGGGUUUAAUGCUUCUGGGCCUUCUGGUGGACUUGGGGGUGGGGUACCUGGGGGUGGGGUGCUUGGAGGUGGUGUGAGUGGCGGUGGUGGGCCGCCUCAUCAGCUUAGACAGGGUCGGCGGCCUGGUUCGGCGGGUGGGACGAAUAGGUUUACUAUUACUAAUGCGCCUGAGUUGGAGUUUAAUACUGGAGGAGGGGCUGGGGGGAGUAGGAUGGGAGGAGGUUCGGGAGGUGUUGGAAGUGGUGCUAGUGGUGCAGCUGGCGCAGUUGGAGGGGGACAGCAGAAGCAAUGGCCUAGUGCGGAGGAGGAGAAGAGGUUGUAUGAGAUGGCGAGGAGGAGGGUUGAGAAUACGCAGGGACCUCAUGCUGCACCUCCCCCUGUUAGUGCGCGUAUGUCCCCACCGCCUCGUGCGACCUCUGCUGGCGCCAGUUCGGGGUCUAGUCCCACUCACACUGCUGCUACGACCAACGCGACCGGCAAUAACACCGGCAGUACCACGCCACGCCAAUGGCUCACGGCUGAAGAAGAGAAAGUGCGGUUGUACCAGAAAGCGCAAGAGGCGGCGCAGAAAUACCAAGAUCCGAAUGCGUUUAUCCCGCCUGCUCCUGCUUCUGUUUCCCAGGAGUUUGGUGGUGGCGGGAGUGGGAGUGGGGGGUUAGGUGGAGGUGGUGGAAGUCUAGGGGCCAAGCCGACUGGAGCGCAGUUGUAUCAGCAGGCUAUGGCUGCGAGGAAGAAUAAUAUGCCUGCGCAGGUUCCUGUUUCUGGUGCUCCUACUAGGAAUGCGAGUGCGACUGGGAGUGGGGUGGGAGGAGGAGGAGGAGGAGGGGCGGGAGGGGCGCCGCUGCGGGCCUACCCUACUGCGGAACAGGAGAAGGCUGCGUUGAGGAGGUACGAGGAGGCGAAGAGGGCUGUGGACAAGACGCAGGGAGGGGAUGGGCCUAUUGCGUAUGAGGCGUUGUUUCCGAAUGCUGGUGGUGGGAGUGGUGGGAGGGGGAGUGUGUCGCCGCCUCCUCCUGCUGCUGGUCCGCCACCACCUGUAGGCCCGCCGUCCCUGCAUGGCGAUGCCCCGCCGCCAUUUGCGCAUGGAGGAGCGUCUGGAGCUGGGGCGUAUGCGAUUCUUUCGGAGAAGGAGAGGUUGAGGAGGAAGUAUGAGGCUGAGGAUGCUGCUGCUGCUGCUGGUGGUCAGCGAGGGCAGGAGGCGGGAGGUGGGAUGGGAGCGCCGCCCCCGCCUUUCAGUCCUUCUCCUCCGCACCCGCUGCGGACGCAAUCUCCGCCGGUUAUCCAGCCGCAGCCGCAGCCUGUGACGCAGCAGCCGCAGCAGUUUAUGAGUGCGAUGGCGGAGAAGGAGGCGCUUAGGAGGAAGUUGGAGGAGAAGGAUCGGUUGGCUGAGCAGCAGCAGGCGCUGAGACAGGUUAAUGGGGGAUCGUCGCCUCCGCCUCCGCCGCCGCCGGCGUUCACGCCUGUGCCUAUCACGCCUCAACGUGGUGCAGGUGUAGGUGUUGGUGUUGGUGGUGGUGGUGGUGGUGGUGGUGGAGGUGGAGGGAGGAGUCCGCCGCCUACGCCUGGUAGUCCUGGUGUUAUGACUCGACCGACGCCGCAGCCUCCUGUUGCGGGUGGGUCGGGUGCGGGGAGGGUGUUGACUGCUGCUGAGGAGAAGGCGCUGUUGAAGGCCAAGUAUGAUGCGCAGGAUGCUGCUGGUGGUGGUGGUGGUGGAGGUGGAGGUGGGAGGCCGACUCUGCCGCCGCCUAGGGUUAAUGGGAAUGGGAGUGCGUUUGGGGGUGGAGGUAUUGGAGGAGGGAGUGGUGGAUUACCGAGCUAUUCGAGUAGUGCUGCUGCCCCGCCACCGUUGAUGCCCCGUCCGCCUGCUGAGUAUAUUCAGGAGACGAAGGAGGAGGAUGAGAGGGUUUCGAAGUUGGUUAAUCAGGAUGGGGUUGUUUAUGGGGAUUUGGUUGAUCGCGAAUCGCGAGUGACGCGUGGCCUGAUGAUGGAACGCGUCAGCGGGCGCCAAUUGGAAAACGUGGGAAUGGGAACCGGCGCUGCCGCCCGUUAUUAUUUGGGGCUGAAUUUCUUCUUGGUGCUGUUCAGCGACGUUGACUGGCAACUUUUGUUCGUGGCAAGUUCAUGCUCUUCAUCUAGUGCGAUCAGCUCAACUUUAUCCCUGUCCAAUCACCGCCAUAUUCCUUUUACCCCGUGCAACCCAUUCGACUCGCACUUGUAUCGAUUGCUAUCCCGCCAUAUCCUUUCCACGAUUACCGGCACUGAUUUAUCGCAUUCUGACCAUCGAGCUGAUCCCCGACGCCUGACGCACCGUCCACACUCACCCUACGGCCACGGCCCUGGCCCGUCCUCUUACUACCACCCCUCCCCGCCGCCCCAUCUCUACGGCUCCCACUCCCCCGGCCCCGGUCCCAACUACUCGUACCAGUACCCACCGCCCCCACCCGCGCACAUGACCCCAUCUUCGACUCCCCCAACACGGCAGAACGCGCGCGGAGGCUCGUAUUCAGCGAGGAACCAUAACCCGUACAACUACUAUCACCACCACCACCAGUACCCGCACCAUCACCAUCACCACCAUCAUCACCACCCCGCUGCCGUGCCCCUCCACGCCCCCAACCCACACCACCACUACUCGGCCAAGUAUAACCAGCCGUACUCGCCUGCUCCCUAUGCCCCCGGCUUCAACCCCGCUGCUAUGCCGUUCACGCCUCCGCCCCGGCACACGCCCCAGCCGCACCCCCCGCCCCCGCCGCCUCCUCCGCCCCAGACGACUGCUGCUGCCCAGCCCCCGCCUCCUCCACCUCCACAAGCACAACAAGCACAGCAGCAGCAGCCGCUUUCGCCGUUGCCGAAACAACUCUCGAUGCCGCCCCCGCCGAAUGGAUUCUACGACCCGCAUUCUCGUCCUCCACCGCCUGCUGUUACGUUGACUCAUCCUCUUCCCGAUAAACCUGCAUCGUCGUCGUCGUCGUCGGUGGUGGAGGCUGCUGGUUCGCCUGCGACUGCGACUGUAACUGCCUCUGCGCCUUUGUCGCCGGACCCUGUAGCAGAGGAGUCUGCUCCAAAUCUGGAGGAGCAGCAGGCUCAGCCAGAGGUGGCUGCUGCUGCGCCCACGUCCUCGUACGAUAGUAUGGGGACCAUCAAAACGAGCGAUAACGUUGAAUCGGUGACGGCGGGCAACGAGGCUUCUUCAUCGUCGACGACGUUGGGAUCGGCGUCGUCGAACAAGCCUGCUACGACGGUUGUCAACCCCGUCUCGGCAUGGGCGAUCUGGUCGAGGCGACCGCACGAUCCUUCGUCUGCUCCGGGGAUUAUCAUAUCCCCGGGAGCACAACCACCACAGAACAUUGUUGAUCGAGCCAUCGAUGCUCGUACACCCCCGCCUUCUCCUACGAUAAGACCUAAAAGGGUCAGGAGGAAGGUGCGACCUGUAGCGGAUGACAAGCCGGUUGAGAUGCCUCCGGUGCAGGAGGAGGAUACAUGCCUAGGGAGAACGGAUGGAUGCCUAGGGAUGACGCGCGCAGGUGUAGACUGUAGCUUUAGUGUAGUUAGAGUGAGUGAGAGUGAGACUGGGUUGCUUCAACUUGGGUUUGCGGGAUCCACUCGAGAGGCGAAAGCUGAGGCCAUCAAGCCGACCACGCGGGAGCCUUCCCGUGUCUGUGACCAGGUAGACUGUCUUCCUGUCAAAGUUUCAAUCGAGGAUGAUAUAGAGAGUUGGGAAUCGGAGAAGGUAGAUAUCUCGUCUGUUGAGGUCGAAGAGAUGGUAGUUUUACUGCGUUAUUCGAUCAUCUCUCGAGUUUAUGUGGCUAACCUUUACCUGCAGAUCAAAGAGAGUCCUCGCAUUGACACUGACGCACUGGCUCUUGAAGUCGCUUUGAACGUUGGGACCACCAACGAUAACUUGAACGCGUUCGUGGUGGACGCGCCGAUCGGGCAGGCAGGUCCCACGGUCCCAACCCCUGCCAUUCCUGCAACUCGCCCCUCAGCACCGUCCAAGCGAUGCCAACCUACCCCAUUUCCCACCAAAAGCAUCUCCUGCCCCUCCCCGCCAAUAUUCCCUCGCCAUCCAAGCCCCUGUCCAAGCCCACUCGUACCCCGAUGGAACCGCCGCCGACGCGCCAUCGUCUACGCGCCCAAAUCACCCGAACGGAGCCCCAGAAAAUGGAGGCGGGUCAACGCCAAUAGCGUCUACCGACACUCGAGUAACGCAGUCUACGAUCUGUUUUACUACGGGACUGUUCAUCAUCCCCGAGUUACCUUCUUAGGGAAGACCAAGGGUUAUCUAUGUAUUGUAGAGAAGUCGACUUUUAGCAUUGUCGCUUUAGCAUCGACCGUAACAAACACUGAGGUCUUGAUUCUUUCGACAACGGCGGCCGACUUGUCGCUUCCAAACAAGUCCCGAGUCCUUCCUCAACGGGUAUCCACCCAAGACGCGUUCUUCGGAUGCCAGUCCUUCUCUACUUUCCACUCUCGACUCUCAUCCAACACAAUGUUCGCCCGCCUCACCUCUGCCCUCCUCGCCUUCACCCUCGUCUCCGCCGUCGUCGCCGGUGGGCACAAGAACGUCGAUUACCAGCAAUGCAACGGCGGUGAAAUCCAAUGCUGCAACAGCGUCCAGGACUCCAAGUCCCUCGACAACUCCCUGACCAAGCUCCUCGGCCUUCUCAAGGUCGACGUCAAGCAAAUCACUGGCCAAGUCGGUACUGGAUGCACUAGCCUUAACGUCCUCGGCGUUGGAGGCGGCUCGUCGUGCACUCAGCAAAAGGUUUGCUGCACCAACAACAGCUUCAUCGUAUCUUCCACUCAUCUCUCCCUCCAGAUGGUGUCGUUGCCCUCGGAUGCAGCCCCAUCAACGUCUCUGCUUAAACUUCCCCAUCGCCUGGAUGACAACACCCGCCCAUCCGUCACUUACAAGCCAACUAUGUACGCAGUCUGCGGAGUGCCGGAGGACGGGCGUGAAGGGUUGUGGAUUGCGUUUGCAGAACGCGAGGAUGUAUGUACGGUUCAGUUUACCCCUAUGAGAGAACUGACUAAUACCCCCGAACCUGGUGAUGGCCCGGGUUCGCUGGUCGAACCAUGCCGUUUCACAGGGCUUGCUUCUUGCCACUACUCACCUCCAUCCCAACUCCUACUUCACGGCUUGCACCUGGGCCUCAUUUUCACCUCAGACAUUUACUCUUUGCGUACUGUAUUCUCAGUAGCGCCCGUGAAGACCAUGUCAUCCGACACGAUCCAAGAUCUUCUCACCACCAACCGCGAGCCCAGCACUUUUGAAAUCGAGGAUGCCGCCCGUAAAUAUGAAGAACUGAGGCAAGAGCUCCACGACAUCGAGAAAAAACGCGACGAGAUAUCGGUGAAGCUCGACGGGUAUAGAGCUGUGCUGUCCCCCAUGCGCCGUCUAUCAGACGACGUGCUACAAGAGAUUUUUGUGUGGUGUCGACCGAGCCACAGAUACCCUCUUCUGACGGACGACAGAGAGGGCCCUCUCCUCCUCACAAGGGUGUGCCGGCGGUGGAACGACCUUGCGUUGAAGUGUCCCCGUUUGUGGGCACAGUUCACUGUCCCCUCGAUCAACAACGGGCCCCACGCCGUACCCAGUAUCGUUCGUCACACCAUCUCACUGAUCAACCGAUGGACGGAGAGAGCGAAAAGUCUCCCCAUCGGCGUGUCGUUCGAGGACCAGUUCGACCGCUGCAUCGUCAGUCUCUUCAAGGGAUCCCGUCUCUGGGAGGAAAGCCGCCGCAUUUCCUCGCUUUCCAUCGCGUGUGAAAAAGACCAUCUUCCUCUGUUCGGACGUGAAUCUCCGUCGUUUAUCGAACUUCUCAACGAAGUCUUAUCCGACAGCGAGAAGUUCCCCGGGCUGAAACGACUCGCAUUGAGGCUCAGCCCUUUGUGUUACGAUACUCCGCUGACGCGUAGGUUUGCCGACGAAUGCACGAUAUUCCGCCAGCCGCACCUCAAAAUCGUUGAGCUUCCCCUUUCAGACGGCCUCCCUUUUUCAUUUCUGAAAUCCGCCUUACCAUGGUCGACGCUUACUUCUCUCGAUCUCCUGGACUCAGACCCAUGCAGGAGUCGGAAAUUCUCACUUUGGGAGGUACUGGACAUCCUAAAGUGCGGUACGCAUCUCGUCGAGCUCAGGGCAAGGGUAGACCGCCUCCGCCCCAAUGAAGACACACGGGCACCCAGCAAAGUAGAUAAUUCGACUUUACAGCGACUACACCUCUUCCUCUCUACCAAACUCGAUCGAUCCGACGUGCACAAAUUCAGCUCCCUACUAUCACUGCCGUCGCUUCCUAGCCUUCGAAUGGAAUGGAUGAAAAAACUCGAGAAUGAUCCAGAUCCCAUCCACAUAUAUCCCUUCCUACUCGAAGGAAUCGGGAAGACCUUGACGUCUUUAACCAUAAAGCCUUCGUACCCUUGGAGCAGGAGUCGCCGCGACCUGCAACAAAUCGCAGCCUUCACACCCCAGUUGAUUCAGCUCCGUCUGGAGGAACCUCAUCGUAGUCGGUAUGAGGAUACCGAUCAUUGGUUCGGGUACGGCACGGAGGAAGACGUACCGGGUUGGAUCGUGAAUUCGAACUCUCACGAGAACCAACAGUAUCAAGAAGGCGACCGCUUCCUGGCGUUCAUCACGCCUGGUUUGACGACCGACACGCCCUCAUCAGACUCGGAGUCCUAUUGGCCGAACCUUCAGUAUUUCAAAUGGGAAAUGGAGACUCUGUCGUUCACAGACGACGCCAUCGAAUCGUUUGUUCGCCAGCGUGCUCACUCGAAUACCCCACUUCGACAAGUAUUUAUCAAACUUCCUCGGGCGGCCGCGCGCGAUGUAUUGGCCCCUCUGGAGGACCUUGUAUUGAAGGGACUAUGUAUCAGGCUGGAGUAUCAGGAUGAUGAUGGGGUGAGGUACGACUAUAGUACAGACGAGCUUGAUGCCUUGAUAAACCCUUAUUGGCGUGCUUCUCCACCUCCCAGAGAAGGCUUAGUCACGGACGCCUUUGGUUGGUAG